UUUUUCCUUCCAAAAAACCAUGUCUCUCUCAAACCCCAUUUUCCUCUUCUUGUUUUUUCUCUUCAACCUUCAACCUUCAAUUUCCCAACAACAACAAAAAAUAACAUCUUUCAACAUCUCAAACUCACCAUGGCUUCCUUCACAAAACAAAACCUUAAUUUCACCAAACACCAAUUUCACUGCUGGUUUCUUCCCCAUACCAAAUUCCCAAAAUCUCUUCACUUUCUCAAUUUGGUUCUCAAAAAUCCCCCAAACUUCAAACCCUGUUAUUUGGAGCUUCUCAAAAAAACUCAAUUUCUCUUCCUCACUUGUAAUCACUUCAAAAGGUGAAAUUUUACUCAACAAUGUUACUCUUUUUGGUAAUUCCAAUUCCACAAAACUUGUUCUUCAUGAUAGUGGAAACUUAGUUUUUGGAAAUUGGACUAGUUUUGCAAAUCCAAAAAACACUAUCUUACCAUACCAAAACAUUAGUGGAGUUGAAAUUGUUUCAAAUAAUGAGAAAUUCAAGUUCAUUACAUCACAGUUUUUGGUUCUCAAUGAUGGUUCAAAUGCAAAUUCAACUUCUCAAUACUAUAAGACACCAAACCCUUUGUUGUUUAUGGAUGAUGCUGGAAAAAUGAGUAUGGUAGGUAACUCUUUUCUCACUUCUGAUUUUGGUGAUUCUAGGUUUAGAAAAUUUGUUCUUGAUGAUGAUGGUAAUCUUAGAAUCUAUAGCUUUUAUCCUGAACAAAAUAACACUUGGGUUGUUGUUUGGUUAGCAAUAUGGGAAAUGUGUAAAAUCAAAGGAAAUUGUGGUCCUAAUGCUAUUUGUAUGCCUAGAGAAGAUUUGUAUAAUUCUACUUUUUGUGUUUGUCCUUCUGGAUUUAUGCCUAAUCAAGGUGGUGCUGAAAAGGGUUGUGAAAGGAAAAUUCCACUUUCAAAUGAGACUCAUUUUGUUAGGCUUGAUUAUGUUAACUAUACAACUAAUGGUUCUAUGAAUCAAAUUACUGCUGGAAACUAUACAGUUUGUGAAUCUAGUUGUAGAUUUGAUUCAAAUUGUCUUGGAUUCGGUUUCAAAUACGACGGAUUGGGAUAUUGUGUUUUGUUGCGAGGUAAACAGCUUCAAUAUGGUUAUUGGUCGCCGGGGACUGAAACCGCUUUGUUUUUGAAAGUUGAUCAAAAGGAAUCAGAAGCUACUAAUUUCAUUGGUAUGACAGAGGUGAUGCAAACAACUUGUCCUGUGAGGAUAAGUUUGCCGCUACCGCCUAAGGAUUCGAACACUACCACGAGAAAUAUUGUGAUUAUAUGCACCCUUUUUGCAGCUGAACUUAUUGCUGGUGUGGCUUUCUUUUGGUCUUUCCUUAAGAGGUAUAUCAAGUAUAGGGACAUGGCUACUACUUUGGGUCUUGAGCUUUUACCUGCUGGUGGUCCGAAAAGGUUUACCUACUCAGAGAUCAAAGUUGCCACUAAUGAUUUCGCGAACCUUAUUGGGAGAGGUGGAUUUGGAGAUGUCUACAAAGGGGUGUUGCCGGAUCACCGUGUUGUCGCGGUGAAGUGUUUAAAGAAUGUCACCGGGGGUGAUGCUGAAUUUUGGGCUGAAGUCACCAUUAUUGCAAGGAUGCAUCACCUCAAUUUGGUUCGUUUGUGGGGUUUCUGUGCCGAGAAAGGUCAAAGGAUACUUGUUUAUGAAUACAUUCCUGGUGGAUCAUUGGACAAGUAUCUCUUUAGGGCUAAAUCUCGUAAGAAUAGUGCCGAAUCUGAAUCUGAUCAGAGUCAUAGUAGUCCGAAACCGAACUCACAAGAGAAGCCUGUUUUGGAUUGGAACAUGAGGUAUAGAAUUGCACUUGGUGUGGCAAGGUCUAUUGCAUAUCUACAUGAGGAGUGUUUGGAAUGGGUUUUGCAUUGCGAUAUUAAGCCGGAGAAUAUUCUCUUAGGCGACGAUUGUUGCCCUAAGAUAUCGGAUUUUGGAUUGGCGAAACUAAGGAAAAAAGAAGACAUGAUGACUAUAUCAAGAAGGAGGGGAACUCCCGGUUAUAUGGCACCUGAAUGGAUAACGGCCGAUCCAAUAACUUCCAAAGCCGAUGUCUAUAGCUUUGGCAUGGUGCUAUUGGAGCUUGUGAGUGGAGUGAGGAACUUUGAGAUUCAAGGUUCUUUGGUGAGGAGUGAUGAAUGGUAUUUCCCUGGUUGGGCUUUUGAUAAGAUGUUUAAGGAGAUGAGAGUUGAAGAUAUUCUUGAUAGUCAAAUUUGUCAUGCUUAUGAUAGUAAAGUACAUUUUCAAUUGGUUAAUAGAAUGGUGAAGACUGCAAUGUGGUGUUUACAAGAUAGACCUGAGUCAAGGCCAACAAUGGGGAAGGUUGCCAAGAUGUUGGAAGGGACUGUGGAGAUAAUGGAUCCUAAGAAGCCAACUGUUUUCUUCCUUGGGGAAGAGUAGAUUGUGAUUAUUUAAUGAUGCUAUACAUCUAUGAAGUAUUGACACCUACAUAGGUGUCAGAUGCUACAUAGAAGUGAUUGAAUGUAGUCACAUAUAUUAGUGUUGUGUCGGACACAUGACACUCGUUCAAUCCAAUGUUCGAUGCUACAUAGCGAUAUAUGCAAACCUCUUGUUUCUACAUUUGCGCCUCUGUCAAUGAAUUUAGUGAUCAAAUGUACAAUUUUUGGUUACCUUUAAUUUUCUCUUUCAUUGUGGUAUGAUUAUUUUGUUCAAGUGUAAUUUAUAUUUACUAUAGUUGCAAUGUAUGUCCUUUUCAUUGGUGAUAUAAGCCAGUCAUUGUGUAAAUGAGAUAUGAGCUAUUGCGAAUC